UCAAGCGACACGAAUCUUGGCUAUGUCCAUAGGACCGGCUGCGUUUCUACUUGUGUUAAUUUUUAUCGUCUCGCAAUACUUUAAACCAACUGGCAAGCGAAAGCUUAUCGAUGGCCGCUCUUCUCAUCUCCCUCCCGGGCCGAAAGGUCUUCCUUUACUUGGUAGUCUGCUUGACCUAAAAACCGGUCGCCAAGAUCCCAAUCACAAGUUUCUUUGGGAGAUCGCGAAGUAUGGAGAGAUGACAACGGUUCAUCUCGGUGCCAAAACAUGGAUCUUCCUAAACUCCCACCGAGUCGUCUCUGAGAUCAUCGCCAAGCGCGGCAGCGUGACAAACACCCGCUCACCCAUGCCAAUUGCCAGUGGCCUCGUUAGCCGCGAUGGGCGGUCGUUGAUUCUCCCCCAAGAAACCUGGUCGGAGCGCCGGCGCGUGAUGCACAGUCUCCUGAGAGGCAGUGCGCUGAAACAGUACGGAGAAUGGCAAGAGCUGGAGAGUACGCAGAUUAUGGCGGAGUAUCUCUUCCAGCCAGAGAAGUGGUAUAAGCACCACUAUCGGUAUGCGAAUUCUGUUGUUCAUCGCAUUGUGCUGGGAGAGCGGCUUGCCAAGUCGACUCAAGAACUAGCAGAUCUACAGAACUGUGUCACCUAUUUCGUCGGGAGAUUGGCUCCAGCAUUAUCGACUGGUUCCCUGAGCUGUCCACGAUUGCCCAAAGUCCUCCAGUUUUGGCGUGCCCAUUGGCAAUCCCUGGGCGACUGGAACUACGGAGUGUAUAACUCAUGGUGGGCUCCAGUCAAGCAACAAGUCGAAGAGGGAACCGCUCCACCAUCCUUUGUGCGAGAUGUUCUGCUUAACGAAGACACAAGAUACAAGGGAGAUGAUGAAGACUGUAUGUAUCUCGCCAUGCAGCUGAUAGAGGCUGGAAGCGACACCACACGAGAAGCGCUGAACAUCAUGGUAAUGGCGAUGCUUGAAUACCCAGCGCCUUUCCUCAAGGUCAGAGCCGAGAUUGAUCACAUAUGCGGCUAUGGAAAGGAUGCGCGUCUUCCGGUGCUUGCAGACAUGGAUAAUCUGCGCUUUAUCUGCGCCAUUGCAAAGGAGGUGUUGCGCUGGCGGCCUAUCUUUGUCGUCACACCCGACCAUGUUGCGUCCCAGGAUAUUGAUUUGGAAGGCUAUAGAUUUCUGCUAGACACUGGAUUCGUGAUCAACGAAGUGGCAGUCGGUAGCGAGUGUGAGAACCCCCGUGCAUUUGACCCGGAUCGAUGGAUGAACGUUCAUGAGACAGAUAUUAGCCAUGGACUUUGGCAGUUUGUGUUGGCUAUCGCCUGGCUCAGAGAAGUCUCUUCAUCAAUAUUGCGAGGCUUAUACAGUGUGUUGACUUCAAAGCACUCUUUCAUAAAACGGUUACUGGGGUGUGUUGCUAAUUCAAACGUGCAGGAUGGUCCCUACAACCCCAAGAUCCUCAACUUAGAAUCCACCGAUGAACCAUUUCCUGUGAGGGCCACGAUUCGCAGCGACGAUUAUGAGCGUUUGAUUCUCACGGAGGCCACUAGAGCUGGUGUAUUAGAUGAUGCUAAGCUGGAUCGAGAUGGA